CAAGUGGGCUGGCGGAGCGCAGCAGAACCCACCUCAGACUUCUGCUGUCCUGCUGGCGGAUCUUCUCGCGACUUGAGUGACGGAGAGAUGAGCGGCAGGAGAGCAGCGCUGAGCUGUUUUCCUCCAACUUUGGCCAGAGACUCCUGAGCGCGCCGCUGCUUCGCGACUCUUCUUCAACUUUCAGCUGGAUUAUUGAACUUGUUGGGCCGAGCGGACGGGAUGGGAGCUCCGGAGCUGCGAGUGACCUGUGCGCUGCUGCUGCCGCUGCUGCUGCUGUGCCUCCUGAACCGACGGGCAGAGUCCAAUGAGAUCCUGGGCCUGAAGCUGCCCAACAUCGACCCCAUCCUGAACGCCAACACGGUCUGCCUGACGCUGCCGGGACUGACGCGGCGCCAGCUGGAGGUCUGCAUGCGCAACCCAGACGUGACGGCGUCGGCCAUCCAGGGAAUCCAGAUUGCCAUCCACGAGUGCCAGCACCAGUUCCGGGGACACCGCUGGAACUGCUCCAGCCUGGAGACCAGGAACAAGAUCCCCUACGACAGCAUCGUCUUCAAGAGAGGUUUCCGCGAGAGCGCCUUCGCCUAUGCCAUCGCGGCGGCCGGCGUGGUGCAUGCCGUGGCCAACGCCUGCUCCAUGGGCAAGCUGAAGGCCUGCGGCUGCGACGAGAAGCGCCGCGGCGACGAGGAGGCCUUCCGCGUCAAGCUGCACCGCCUGCAGCUGGAGGCCAUCCACCGGGGGAAGGGCAUGGCACACGGCGUGAUGGAGCACUUCCCUGCCGAGCUGCCCGGCCCGCAGGACUCCUGGGAGUGGGGCGGCUGCAGCCCGGACGUGGAGUUCGGGGAGAAGUUCUCCAGGGACUUUCUGGACGCCCGGGAGACCUACAGGGACAUCCACGCCAGGAUGAGGCUGCACAACAACAGAGUGGGCCGACAGGUGGUGCUGGACCACAUGAGGAGGAAGUGCAAGUGCCACGGGACGUCCGGGAGCUGCCAGCUGAAGACCUGCUGGCAGGUGACCCCCGAGUUCCGCGUGGUGGGCUCCAUCCUGAAAGAGCGCUUCCACAUCGCCACGCUCAUCAAGGCUCACAACCGGAACACGGGCCAGCUAGACCACUCGCACCACAGCAACCACCACCACAACAACCACCACCACCACCACCACCAGAACCACCACCACCAUCACCACCACCACCACCACUCGCACCGGCGGAGGCCCAGCGUCAACGAGCUGGUCUACUUCGAGAAGUCGCCGGACUUCUGCGAGCGGGACUUGGGCUCGGACUCGGCCGGCACCCAGGGCCGGAUCUGCAACAAGACCAGCCCGGGGAUGGACAACUGCGAGAGCCUGUGCUGUGGGCGGGGCCACAACAUCCUGCAGCAGACGCGCAGCGAGCGCUGCAACUGCAAGUUCCACUGGUGCUGCUACGUGGUGUGUGAAGAGUGCCGGAUCACCGAGUGGGUCAGCGUCUGCAAGUGAAGGAGACUGACUGUUCACAGUGACCGCCGGCACCCAGCCAGGAGCCGCUCCACCAGCCGGCUGUCGUCGUGCGCCCCAGUCCGGCUCCGUCAGCCGGACCUUUCUGAAACAAUCGUGCACACACACGUCCAGGAGACGCAGGUGCGCCCCGCCCCGCGCUCACAGCGCCCACGAUCACGUCACAUGAUCCGUGUUACCAGAUGUUUCUCCAUCUUCCUUGCACCCUGGACUCGGCCAGAGCGCCCUCUUGCGGUGGGGCCGGUGGAAGUGGACGUCCCGCCGGUGCAGAGACUCGCUCCUUCACGUCCAUCACUCCUCUUGACAGGUGGAGUCUGUGACGUGUGUGGUGAAGCAGCGACACGCGGCUGAAUCCAUGUCGUCACACGCACAUUCAAGUCUUCCCUCUUCACCUGAACCAGACCAGUAUUUCCUGUUGUGACUCGUGCGCCGCACUGUAAGACUUUCAAUCACUUUCUUUACCGUCUUCCUCUUCUUCGUCGUCGUCUAGAAACACGUGACCGUUCCCGCAGGUGGGCGGAGCCGGCCCGAUCGUUAGGUCAUGUGACUGUCACAUGAUGCCGCUCCACUCGUUUGUGGUCCAGUGGGACGAAGCGAGCUGUAAACUAUUUAUUUUAUAACUGUGUGUUCUCUCUGCAGAAACCACUGUGGUUCCGAUGUUUGAGUGUUGACUGUGGUUGUCAUCUAAGUUAUUUUAUUUUGUGGAUAACUUAAUAUUUUUAAGCCAAUAAAGAAAGAGAGUGAAGACCUGUCUGUCAUGUGAUUGCUGAAAGUGGUGUCCUGGACUUGGUCGGGCCAGACCAGAAAUCCUCAGGUCAAAACUGCUCCUGCGUGUCC